GAGCGUGUUUGGCCUGCUGUUGAGGAGUGUCAUGUAGUGUAGUAAUGUAGUGAGCAGUUGUGUUGUGAGAGAUCGUUGUAACUUGUAACAAAUGAGAAAGAAAAAGAUGAGACGAAAGAGUAAGAGUGAGUGAGUGAAUGAGUGAGUAAGUGACGACUAAUACACACGUAGCGAGCCCACGGUGGCGGACACUCGCGCUCCGCGGCAGUUCUUACUUGGACUUGCUUCGCGAUAGAUUGUAUCGCUUCUUCGAUUUUCGAUUGAUUCUCACCGAUUGACUGGGAAACCGCGCAUACGCGCGCUGGAUUUUAUUUCCGUCACGUGCAUGCAUUUAUUACCAAGUGCCGAAAGUGUAAAAGUGAUUUAUUUAUUUUUUAAUAAAUAAACUUAUAUUUUAAUACAUUGAAUUUUAAUAUUUUUUUUAUUCACUGGUUCGGACCCGUGAUGGAAAAUAUAUUUGUGAUGCUACCAAAGACAAAUCGUUGUCCAGCUUCUACACCGUCGAACUAAAUGAUUUAUCGACAGCAGCCUGAAGAAACAACGUCAGUUAGAUGAUAAAAACUAAAGUUAAAAACGCAUAACAACAACAGUAACAAAAAAAUAAAAAAUAAAAAAAUGCCAGUGACGAGAGUAGCGUGUUCAUCCUCGUUGGUAGUUUUUAUGCUGACAUUGGUAUUGCUAAGUGAGCCAAGGCCUAGCAAUGGACUCUGUACAUUCAAGAAAAAUGGUACCUCUGCAAGGUGUCACUAUCUCGAGGAUGUAAAUGCGAUGGAUGAAAUACUACUUGAAUGGUUAAAAAGUUUAAAAGUAUUAUCUGCUGGGCGGCAUUUAUCUGCAGACAGUGGAGUUUUUGAUAAUCUAACAAAUCUACGUCAUCUGGAUCUUUCAAAUGGUAAAUUAAAAACAAUAGAUCCUAGUUGCUUUCGUCAUCUUCGAAGUUUACGGAGUCUCGAUCUCUCUGACAAUCAUUUGACCCACUUGUCACCUGGUACUUUUGUUGAAUUAGAUCACCUUGAAUCUUUGAACCUAAAGAAAAACUCACUCGAACAAAUUCCUGCCGAUAUCGUUAAUCUUAAUAGUUUAAAGUAUUUGGAUAUAUCGCACAACAAUCUCAACUGCGACUGUGAGUUUCUUAAAACGCGUGACAGUAUUACUAAGCGCGGUCUUUCAAUAUCGAAAAAGACUGAGUGUAAUGGACCGGAAAGUUUAAAGGGACAGUUAUUGAUUGAAUUAGAAACCCAUCGAGUUUGUAUGAUCGAUGAGGCCGAUAGCCUUGAGGGCAUGCAAAUGGACCAACCACUAGUCCCCGAAGGCUCGGGAGAAGGUUCCGGCGAUGCUUUUGAUGAACUGGAAGCCGAAGAUAUACCUGAAGAAGACGAAAAUAUAACAAAUGACAGCGAAAUUAAUGUUAACACGACUUCGAUACCCGUUGAAGUAUCUCUGACACCUGAGACUACGACUUCCGGUCCUGGUGAUGAAGAUGACGGGAUUUUUUUCACCGAAGAUGCAGACAAACAUACGACCACCACAACUACGACAACAUCUACUGCCUCUACUGCGACGGAAAUUGAUGUAGAAACGACGACAGCCACAGAAACUGUUGAAACGACUGCUGAAGUUGAUAAAGACAACGAACUGUGGAGUAAAGAAGGUUCUGGUGACGACGAUGCUGAUGAUCCGUGGAUUAAUGAAGGCUCUGGUGAAGGUUCUGGCAGCGGAAUUCCUCACAUUACUUGGGACGAUGGUGUUUUGCAACAAAAUCUGGAUGAAACGAACCAAGAAAAUUCUAGUGUUGUGUCAACAUCGACUACUUCAUCUGGAGGUUUGAUUGAUUCACUGUUUAGUAUAUUCUGGGGCACGACUACAGAAUCAUCUCCAACUUCGACCACAGAAGAUUUGGAUCUUGAAGAAGAACAAUUUAUCAAAGCAACUUCAGAAGCUACUUUGCAUGAAGAAAAACCUACAGAACGUGAAGAAAAAACAGACAGUGAAGUUAUCACUCCGGUGCACGUGGUUCCAGUUGGUAGCGAGGAUAUUAAACCACGUGUUCUCGAUGACGGUAAACUCGAGCAAGUAAAGGAAGAUACGCCAGCUGACGUUACUGACACGACAGUCAACGCAAAGGCGUCAGAUGCCGCCGCGGAUACACAACAAACGCAAAAAGGAAUGGGUUCUUAUAUUGUGCUCGCUAUUUUGCUGGCUGUACUCGCAACUUUAAUCGCUUUUGCUGCUUACAAAGGAAAUUUCUGCAAAGGCGGACGCAAGCGCAAUGAUCACAACGACAAUAAUGACGUUGAAAAUGGUACUGAGUUGAAGGACUUGAGAAAAUCGUUGCUGGAAACAUCGAAUUCGGUUCAACCAAAGAUUGCCACCAAUGGUAACAACAGUAAACCAGAAACUCUCCCGCUAGUUAAGUCCGCAAAGGAAGCUGAUGACGAUAUUGCUAAACUACACGAGGAUGAACCCAGUGCCAGGUACAUCGGGACACUGAGCGACUCAGCUGUUGAUCCCGUGAAACCUCCUAGGAAAUCGUUUUCCCCGAACGACGUUGACAACAAUGAGUACAAUAAAAUGGACGGUACUGGUGGAAAAAUAGUUACCACACCUCAGUUGUCAUCUGAUCCAUCAAUAAUGCGAUAUCCCAGGGUAUCUAAUAACAGAGACAUUAUUACUAACGGUAAUGGCACUAGUAAUAAUCGCGAUUCACUUUCAUCACUGGGUGGAUCUCCAUCAAUUGGAUCCCAUUCACGUUUGUCUAACUCACGACUUAAUCAUGAUUUACAGCCACCUGCUAGUCCUGGUGCUCAACGGGUUAAGAUAACUCUUCAAGAUAUUCCUGACAGUGUACCGAAAACGCCACUACUAAUUACGAGAACAAAAGCCGGCGAAAACCUAGUCAAGACAUCCUGAAGAUUUUAUUUAAUACUUUAUCGUUAUAUUAUUAUUUUUAUCCUCAUUAUUUAAAUUUAUAAAUAAUUUAUGUGAUGAUGGUAAGACAUUAUUAUUUUCCAGAGUUUAAAAGUUUUUCUAUAGACUUUAGAGUUCUUAUUUUUUUAAAUUAAUUAAUUUAAAUAAUUAAUUGCGGAAAAAUUAAGACAAAAACUCUUAAAUCCUGGAGAUAUAUUUUUUUAUUGAUUGCUGUGACUGGGUUAUUAUUUAAAAGCCAAGUUGUCGCAGUCGAUUUUAUAAAUUAAGUAGAAAAAUAAUUGUUAAUUUAUUAUCAAUUGAUUUAUUGAUAAAUAAUUAAAUAAAUAAAUUAGUAUAAAUGUA